AUGGCAGCGGCCGUGGUGACGGUGCUGCAGCCAGUGCUGCCCGCCUGGGGCCGCGGUCGCGGCGCCGCGCGCGUGCGCGCCCCGCUGCGGGGCGUCCUGGCCGACCAGCAGGAGCAGAGCGUGCCCAUCGAUGCCUGGCCGGCCUCGCGGCUGCCCUUCUGGGUGCAGGGCGACACGCGGCUCACGCUAACGCUUUUCGAGGAGGGCGAGGCCGCGGCGCACGCCCGCUUCGUGCUGGAGGUGCCAGUGGGCGAGCUGCUGCGGCACUCCGACCGUGUGCAGUGCUGGUGCGCCCUCUCGAGCAGCCUCGGCACGGACGGCAGCGCCGGGCGGGGGCUGGAGGCCUUCCGGGCCGCGGAGCGGAAGGCCGCCAGCACCGUCUGCCCCAAGGUCUUCGUGUCCGUGUGCGUGCAGUCCGCCGUCGGUGGCGGCCGCGGCCCGCCGCACCCGCUGAGCCGGUGGGGGGGCGAAGACCUGGACGCGCACGGCGGGAGGUACCUGACGGAGCAGCAGCUCUGCGAGGAGCUGUCCUCGAGCAGACUGCAGUGGGCUCAGCUCGAGCGCGAGGCCGCGGCGCUCCGCGCCGCCAGCGCCGCGGCUUCCGCCCGCGAGAGGGCGGAGCAGGAACGGGCGGCCGCGCUCGCCAGCGAGGCGCUGCGCGCGCAGCGGGGCGAGGCCACGGAGCGCUGGCGCGUGACCGCGCUGCAGGAGGAGAUGCGCAGCGGGCUCCAGGAGCUGCAGCAGGAGCUGCGGGCGCGGGACGCCGCCUGGGAGAGGCACCUCGCGGCGGCCGACGCGCACGGGGAGGCGCGGGCCGCGGCGGACGCGACCAGCGCUACCGCGCGCGCGGCGCAGCUGGCGCACGUGCGCGCAGAGGAGGAGCACCACUUCCGGAGCGGCGAGCUCGAGGCGAAGGCCCGGAGCGUCGAGGCCGAGGCGGCCGCCACGGCGUCGCGCGGGGCGCGCGCCGAGGAGGCCGCGGCCCGGCUGCGGGAGAAGUUGCGCGGCGAGUUACAGGCACGCGACGUGGCCUGGCAGUGGCGCGCCCUGGCCGCCGGGUUGCUGGCGGCUGCGCAGGCCGCAGGGACGCACCUGGCGGUGGGCCGCCUGCGCGCCAGGGUCUUGGCCAUGGGCAGUGAGCUCUGGAGCCAGCGCGCGGAGGGCCAGGAGCGGCGCCGCGCCGAGGAGGAGUCGCGCCGCAUGCGCGAGCGGGGGCUGUGCGAUGAGCUGCGGGAAGAGGCCGGCGCGGCCGAGCGCUGCGGCCGCCUGUUGGGGGAGCUGCGGGAGAGGGAGAGUUCCGAAAGGGCGGCGCAGGCGCACGCAGCCGCGCACGCCGCGGAGCUGAUCAGCGCCACUUCCCGGGCGGAGCUCGAGGAGGUGCAGGAGGCUGCCGUGGUGCGGAGACUGCAGGAGGGCAUGGAGGAGCUCCAGCAGCACCACCUCGGGAGGCAAGAUUCGCUGCAGAGGGCCAUGCGGGAGCUCCACGGCGAGCAGCUCGCCCACCAGGCCGAGGAGUGGGAGCGGUGUCUGCUCGAGGAGACCACUGAGUGGGCCAGCUUGGUGUCCGAGGCGGAGCUCGCGCGACGGCGGGAGUGCGCGCAGGCCGAGGCAUUGCGGGGCGAGCUCUCCCUCGAGCGCAUGGCGAGGCUGCGGGACGAGCAGGAGAUCUCGCAGCUCCAGGCGCAGCUCCGCGCCAUGGAGGUCUACUCCUCGCCGCCACUGUCAGAGCUGCUGCCGCCACCGUCCGCGAGGCUACCGUCGGUCGACGACCCCCCCAUGCCGGCGAGCAGGCACGAGGGCCCCGUCGUCUUUCCGCACGCCGCCGAGCUGGAGCUCUCCGCGGACAUCACGAUGCCCGAGACACCUGUCACUGACGUGUCAGGCUCCAGAAAGAAGUGCGGCAGAGCCGUGCGCCAGGGCGCACGAUGCGGCGGACCCGCGGGCGCGCCGGGGAUCCUCCGAGACGACCCCGGAGCGCCGCCGCAGCGGGCAGGCGGCCGCGCCAGGCCGAGCUCCUCGCCACUCGAUCCAGGUGGUCUGGCCGCUUCCCGCGCGCCCGCACCGGGAGCCCGUCAGCGCAGACCUGCCGGCAGCACGCCCUGCUGCAGACAUCCCCACGGCAGCUGA